AUGGUGGACGAUUUGAAGGCUGCGAAUAUUCCAGGAGAUGUCGAGAAGAAAGAAUCGGCGAUGGUGGUACAGGGCUCGAUCUUCUUCGGACAGAGGAGGCUGAAGAAAUCGCCCUCCCCUCGAGGAAUCGAUCGCGCACUUUCCGUCUUCCCCGCUUCUCGUGUUGCUGAGGGCCUUCACCAGCGCCGAAUCGCAGGCCCCAUGCUCGAGUAG